AUGACAAGAGAGCUGAAAUACAAAGGAAAAACAUGUCAUUUAAUUCGAUCUGUUCAUUUGUAUGUAUGCAAGUGCAUCUACGACAUUCAUUUGGUGAUGAGUUUUAAAACCGACAGUCAUUCGAUGAUCAUGGCCAAACCGUCGAACACAACGGGAGAUAUUCACGAUCCAUUUCAAGUUCAAAAGAAAAAUAUUCGUACGGCCGCACUCAUUGUUUGCACAUUUACAUAUUUAAUCAUCGGAGCAUGCAUUUUUGAUGCAUUAGAAGAUGCUCCAUCAACUGAUCGAAAACAUCUUUUCGAACGGAAAUUCGCUCAAUUUAAACUCGAUCAUAAUAUGACGAAUGCAACCUUUCGUCAAUUAUCGGAUUUAAUCAUGAAUAAAACAACCCUCCGUCACAAAUGGCAAUUCUAUGAUAGCUUCUAUUUUUCCACCGUUGUCCUAGCUUUGAUUGGUUACGGUCAUCGGACAUUGAUCACAACACGUGCCAAGAUUUUUUGUAUUCUAUAUGCCAUGUUAGGAAUACCAAUAUGGUUAAUUACAUUUCAAUCUGCCGGUGAACGAUUGAACUCAUUGUUGAGUCAUUUACUUUCGAAAGUUAAACGAUCGUUUCAUAUGAAGAAAACUAAGACGACGGAUGGAGAAUUAUUGAUUAUGGAAUCGUUUUUGUCGAUGGUUAUAUUACUAAUUGGUGCAUGUGUGUUUUCCAAAUAUGAAAAAUGGUCUUUUUUCGAUUCAUUUUAUUACGGAUUUAUUACGUUGACAACCAUUGGUUUCGGCGAUUAUGUUGUUUUACAAAAAACCGACGAAGAUCGAACGUUCAUUCGACAUGCGAAAUAUUUUAUUUUUUGUACAGCAUUCAUCUUUCUUGGUUUAACCGUCGUUGCUUCACUAAUGAACCUAUUAGUCAUACGAAUCGUUGCAUUCUACUCGCAAGAACGUUUACUUGAGAAACUUCGCGAAGAAGAAGCUGCUAGUCAAGCUGUACUUCUCAAAGGUGAUGUUAUUUGCUCAACGAACGCAAACAAGCCUCGAUCAAAAACACCCUCGUUGACAUCUGCGAGUCGACCAACGCAUCCGCAAACAGUACCAUUAUUAAUUCAUUCAAGUCAAACAUCGGUGUGUUCUUGUACGUGUAUGGAAACGUUCAGCGAAUGGAAAAAAGCACGUGCGAAGUGGAAGAAGCAAACUCUGAAUGAGCGAAGUAGAACAACGAAGAAAUCUGAUUCGACCGAUUCGAUUAAAAUGUUCUAUGCCAUGCGAAGAAGUUCAGUGUGA